ACGCAUUCUCAUAAUUUAGCUAAAAUAAGUUUGUAGCUGGAAAAAGGAUUAUUUCGUUAUUAUUAUAAUAAUAUAGUUUAUAGUCAAUAUAGUUUAAUUGUCAUCACGUCAGCUUUGUAUAGCCAAAUAGCCUAUAUAGGUUAAUUAUAUAGUUGGUUGAAAUAAAAUCCAUUCUAUGCGUAGAUUAUAGGGGCUGUGAAUUUACAUUGCAUGCAUUAUAUUAACUGGCCUCAAACCCUAGAAUAUUAUAUUUCAACCGGGUAUCAACUGUCAGUAUUGGUACACUCGUGGUACGUACGUAGUUUUCUGUAUGUAUAAUGCUGCCACUGGACCGCUACAGGUGCACUGCAUCUCAGCGCCAGCGCCAAGAGGCAGCAUCUCUACUUGAAGAGAGCGCUCAUCCUCCGAACAGAGAUGAGUUGGACCGUGGGAAGCAUGGCCCUGACCUGCCUACUGCUGCUGAAGAUGCUAAAGGUGGAGAUGGUUGGUGGGAAAGUCCUGGAGGAGACCUACAUGAGGUGGAUCCACUACAAAGACGAAUGUGUGAAGAUGAUUGACUCUGAGCCAUUUCCUCAAGGCUUGUUCUGUAACAGGACGUUUGACCGCUACGCCUGCUGGCCUGAUAGUCCUCCUGGGUUGGUGGUCAACGUGUCCUGUCCCUCCUACCUGCCCUGGUUUGACAAAGUGUCUCAGGGUGUGGUGCGUCGGCGGUGUGGCUCUGAUGGCCACUGGGUGGAGGAGGAGGACGGGGAAGUCUGGAGGGACAUGUCUCAGUGUGAAGAGGAACAGGAAAUCACAUCUCAGGAGCUGUGGUUCAAGCAGCUGAUGGUGAGCUUCAGGAUGCUUUACACGGUUGGCUACACCCUGUCCCUCUUCACCCUGGUCUCAGCACUCAUCAUUCUACUGAGUAUCAGGAAGCUUCACUGCACCCGCAACUACAUCCACGCAAACCUGUUUGUGUCUUUCAUCCUGCGAGCUGUGUCGGUGAUCGUCAAGGACACCAUGCUGGAGCGUCACUGGGGCCGGGAGAUCAUGAGACAGGCCGACCUGGGAGAAAUGCUGAGUCACGAGGCUGCCAUUGGCUGCAGGAUGGCCCAGGUGGUGAUGCAGUAUUGUGUUCUAGCCAAUCACUACUGGUUCUUUGGAGAGGCCAUCUACCUGUAUUCGGUGCUCAUCGCCUCUGUAUUAAUUGAGAACAAGUACUUGCCUUAUAUCUGCCUCGGCUGGGGAACCCCUCUUUUAUUUGUCCUUCCUUGGAUGUUGGCCAAGCUAUUGAGAGAAAACAAAGAGUGCUGGGCAGUCAAUGAAAAUAUGAGCUACUGGUGGAUAAUACGGUUCCCCAUUCUGUUUGCGUCACUGAUCAACUUAUUGAUUUUCAUGAAGAUUUUGAAGGUGAUUCUAUCUAAACUACGUGCCAACAAUCAGAAUGGCUAUCCUGACUACAAGCUUCGCUUGGCCAAGGCGACCUUGACCCUCAUCCCUCUAUUUGGCAUCCAUGAGGUCAUCUUCAUCUUCGCCACUGAUGAGCAGACCACUGGCAUCCUGCGCUACAUCAAGGUCUUCUUCACGCUCUUCCUCAACUCAUUUCAGGGAUUUCUGGUGGCUGUGCUGUACUGCUACUGUAACAAAGAGGUGAAGACAGAGCUUGCGAAGAAACUGCGAAGCUGGAGGAUGGAGAUGGAGGUGGUGUGCUGUGGACAGUGACUAACCGAGACAAGAGUUGUACCAUUCUCCAUCGCCACAGUUCCAGAGAACAAUGGAGCUUCUACACCACCAACAGGAGUCCAGCCUGAUAGUCCUCCAUCUCCACAGACUCAAAGUUCAAGACAGCAUGCUCGGAACACCUCCAUGACACCUGAGUCUCUCGCUCAACUGCAUUGUUGUACCACAACGGCAACGCUGGACAAAAGUACAGACUGCACACACCUAACUCAUAAUGAGACCACAGGGUCUAGUCCAUCUAUGCAGGUGUCAUUCCUCAUUCACUUAAAUGACCCAGUAGAGUUACCUCCACAUGUUGUAAAUAUUUAUUCAGAUUAAAGGCCCAAAUGCAGCCAUUUUUAUCUUAAUAUCGAAUCAUUUCUGGGUAACAAUUAGGUACCGUAGUGUAAUAGUUUUAAAUUAAAAUGUAAAAUAAAUGCCAAAAAUAUUUUUUUCGCAAGCAAGAACUUUCAGAGGUCUGUCUAGGAGUGGUCUGAGUGAGGGGUCUAAUUGGGGGUGCCUAAUGUAACUUGAAAACUAGCUGUUGGCAGAGAGGUUUAACACUUUUUUUGUUAUUGGUCUAUCAACUUAUACUGCCUGGGGAUGUCACCAUGCAAGACAACUCCGCCCAUGCAAAACCUGCAGAUUAGAAGGUCCUAUGUAAAUUGUAUUUUCAAUGGUCAACUAUCAGAAAGUUACACUGAUCACAUUUUUCCCACUUUUACAGUGUUAGUUUCAUCAGUUGUUGUACAAUAUGAUACAAAACACAGGGAAAACUGAAAUUUGACUGCACUGGGCCUUUAAGUAAGAUAUUAUUUGUGUGUCACUCUGUUGAUGUACAGCAUUUUAAUGUAUUUCCAAAUGAUGAGUGGUACAGUGCCUAGUGAAAGUCUACACGUCCAAAUACCCCCAUGCCUUAAAAUUACAUCUAAAAAGGGAUUAAAUAAAUACAAAUCCUGCCGAUCUACAUAACCUACUCUACAUUUUCAAAGUUAAAGAAAAUGAUGGAAAAUGUUCCACAAGAAAAAAGAACAUGUCUAAAUUGCAUUUGUGUUCACACCCCAGAGUUAAUACUUUGUGGAAGUAUUUUGGCAGCCAUUACAGCUGGGAAUCAUUUUAAAUAAGAUGUAACCGGUGUCAAAUGGCUAGCUAGACAGUAGCAUUUAAAUCUGUGACAUCACUUGCUCUGAGACUUUGAAGUAGUUGUUUCACUUGCUCUGCAAGGGCUGUGGCUUUUGUGUAGCGAUAGUUAACUAUGCUUCAUGGGAGGCAGAUGUUGAUGGGUUCAGAGGAUCCCUCAUAUGAGCCCAGGUUGGAGCAAGGAGAGGGACGGAAGCAAAGACUGUUACAUUUGCACAACUCUUAGGGCAACAUACACUGAGUUAACCAAACAUUAGGAACACCUUCCUAAUAUUGAGUUGCACCCCCCCUUUUCCCCUCAGAACAGCCUCAAUUUGUCAGGGCAUGGACUCUACAAGGUGUCAAAAACGUUUCACAGGGAUGCUGGCCCAUGUUGGCUCCAAUGCUUCCCACAGUUGUGUCAAGUCGGCUGGAUGUCCUUUGGCUGGUAGUCCUUUGGCUGGUAGACCAUUCUUGAUACACACGGGAAACUGUUGAGCAUGAAAAAUACAGCAGCGUUGCAGUUUUUGAAACAAAACGGUGUGCCUGGCACGUACUACCAUAUCAUGUUCAAAGGCACUUACUGUAAAUAUUUUGUCUUGCCCAUUCACCCUCUGAAUGACACACAUACACAAUCCAUGUCUCAAUUGUCUCAAGGCUUAAAAAUCCUUCUUUAACCUGUCUCCUCUCCUUCAUCUACACUGACGUGGAUUUAACAAGUGACAUCCAUAAGGGAUCAUAGCUGUCAGCUGGAUUCACCUGGUCAGUCUAUGUCAUGGGAAGAGCAGGUGUUCUUAAUGUUUUGUAUACUCAGUGUACAUUGUUUUUGUCAAAAUUGCUCAAGCUCAGUAAAUUAAGGUUAAUUGAUGGACAGCAAUAUAUAAACCUUCUGGCCUGGACCACGCAGGACCUCCUUUCAUAUUUAUUUUGAUCCUAACAAAACACCCCAGUCUCUGCCGGUGACAAGUAUACCCAUAACAUGAUGCUGCCACCACAAUAGUUGAAAAUAAAAGUUGGUAGAAUGUUAUUCAAAAUUGUUCACAGCUGUAGUGGCUGCCAAAGGCUGCUUCCACCAAGUAUUAACUCUGGGGUGUGAAGACAUACACAAUCAAAACAUCUUCAUUUUUGAUUAAUUUGGAAAUUGUUCUAUAUUUUUUCUCUCGCUUUGAAAAUGCGGAGUAGGUUGUGUAGAUCAUUAGGGGGCAAAAAAAACAACACAUUUAUUCCCUUUUAAGAUUUCAUUUUAAGGCACCAAAUGUGAAGACUGUGCAAGGGGUGUGUAGAUUUUCACUAGCGAUUGUGUCUCAAGUAGUCAUUUUGUAUUCGAGAUGAGGGAAGCUCUAUUAACUUUUGAAAUGUCAAUAGAUAAAGAGAAAUAUGACAUAAAAAUCAUACUUUUUCAUGCUGUUGUCUUUCUGGAGGCCAUAGGGUGGAUAACUCAAACACGUUUAUGUCAGUGAUGCGUAUGUGAACCCUGAAUGCAUCAGUCACUUUAUGCAAUUUAACAUGACCUUUUACCAUAUCAUGUUUAGUGUGGAAUUUAUAAAUGAAAUUAUCCUUAUCCAACUCAAGACAUGGGUCGGGCUCCCCUGCUCAGAUGCUGCAUGCAUCAACCAAU